CUCAUUAGCCCUCUUCCUUCCUGCCUCAUGCCCUUUGCAUGUGCCGUUCCUGCUGCCCUAAGUGGCCUUUUCAUCUCCAUUAUCUUGGCUGCAUUAGUGCCAAGGGAGGUGACCCAUCAGACGAAGUUGGAGUUUCCAAGUUUAAAUGCUUUCAGGGCUCCUUGUACUUCGGUGCUGUUAUCACAGGUGUAACUUGGUGUUUGGUGGAGUGGUCAUUUAAGUCUUUCCUCCACUAGACUGUUUCAUGAAGGCAGAGUCCUUCUUCACUGCUUAGUUGAGCACCUGGUACAUGUGCCCCCCCCUUUCGUGUUUCAGAGUGAUUUGCACUCUGCGCAAACUCUGAAAGGUGAAUGAAGCUUCGAGGGGCAGAUAAUCAAGUGCCAUGGCUGCUUUGGCCCUGCCUCACAUCCCUGCCAGAGAACACCUGGGGUUGGAGGUCUCUCGUCCCGGACACGUGGAAGCCCGCCCACCGAGCCUCAUGGAGGCUGUGACAUUUGGCGAUGUGGCCGUGCACUUCUCGCGGGAGGAGUGGCAGUGCCUGGACCCUGGCCAGAGGGCCCUCUACAAGGAGGUGAUGCUUGAGAACCACAGCAGUGUGGCCGGACUAGGAUUCCUGGUCUUCAAGCCUGAGCUCAUCUCCCGGCUGGAACAAGGGCAGGAGCCAUGGGUCCUCGACCUGCAAGGAACAGAGGGGAGAGAGGCACCCAGGCCCUCCAGGACAGAUUCUAUGAUUGGGAGUAACAGUCAGCAGGCCUGUGAGGAUGUGGACAUUCUGAAGCCAGAUUCCCGGGUGACUAUGGUCAAACUACUCCCCCAGGACUUUCCUCAGAGUCCUUGCUUUGGAGCCACCUCUGAUUUGGAGGUCUGGUCUGAGAGUCAGCCAGGCUUCCUCUUCCAGGGAAACUGUUCAAACACAGGGAUUUUGGCUCCCAAGGGCAAGGCCAAGGUACGCGGUGAGCAAGGGAGCAGUGGCCGCCUGGGUUGUCAGCUUGAUAAAAGUCAGGGGUGGUCCCGAAGGUGUGAUGUGUGUGGCAAGAGGUUCAGAUCUAAUUCAGAUGUUGCUCUGCAUGUGGAAACGAAUGCACAGAAGAAACCUAACAGAUGUCAAGAGUGCCAGAAAAAAUUACCUGAUUGCUUACAGGGGAGACAUCAAAGUACCUUCCAUGCAGAGAAGCCAUAUGAGUGUGAAGAAUGUGGGAAAGUCUUCAGGUUGUGCUCACAGCUUCAUCAGCAUCAGAGAAUCCACACAGGAGAGAAGCCAUUUAAAUGCAUCGAGUGUGGAAAAGCCUUCCGCCUGAGUUCAAAACUUAUUCAGCAUCAAAGAAUUCACACAGGAGAGAAGCCCUACAGGUGCGAAGAAUGUGGGAAAGCCUUUGGCCAGAGCUCCAGCCUCAUCCACCAUCAGAGGGUCCACACAGGGGAGAGGCCCUACCCCUGCCGCGAAUGUGGGAAGGCCUUUAGCCAGCAGUCUCAGCUGGUCAGGCACCAGAGGACUCACACAGGAGAGAGGCCCUACCCCUGCCUCGAGUGUGGGAAGGCCUUCAGCCAGAGCUCAACCCUAGCUCAGCACCAGCGGAUGCAUGCUGGGGAGAAGCUUGAGCUGCCAAAAAAUCCAGAUAGUCCCAUCCCAGUUGCACAUCAGAGGACCCAUGCUAUGGAGAAACCCUUCAAGUGUGAUGAGUGUGGGAAGGCCUUCAGAUGGGUCUCCCGCCUGAGUCAGCAUCAGCUGACUCACACUGGAGAGAAACCAUACAAAUGCAACAAGUGUUCAAAGGCCUUUGGCUGUAGCUCACGGCUUAUUCGCCACCAAAGAACUCACACUGGAGAAAAACCGUUUAAGUGUGAUGAGUGUGGGAAAGGCUUUGUGCAGGGCUCACACCUAAUUCAGCACCAGAGGAUUCAUACUGGAGAGAAACCCUAUGAGUGCAGCGACUGUGGAAAGGCCUUUAGUCAGAGCUCAAGCCUCAUUUACCAUCAGAGGAUCCAUAAGGGGGAGAAGCCCUAUGAGUGCCUCGAAUGUGGAAAAGCCUUCAGUAUGAGCACACAGCUCACAAUACAUCAGAGGGUGCACACAGGGGAGAGGCCCUAUAAGUGUAGUGAAUGUGGGAAGGCCUUCAGUCAAAACUCCACCCUCUUCCAACACCAGAUAAUUCAUGCUGGGGUGAAACCCUAUGGGUGCAGCGAGUGUGGAAAAGCCUUUAGCCGGAGCUCGUACCUGAUUGAGCAUCAGAGGAUACACACUCGAGCCCAGUGGAACCAUGAGUAUGGGAAUGCCCUGGAAGGUUCCACCCAUGUGAGCCGGAGGAAAGUCAGUACUGUAAAGAAACUGCAUAAGUGUAACGAGUGUGAAAAGAUAUUCAGAUGGCGCUCGCAUCUAAUUAUACACCAGAGAACUCACACUGGAGAGAAACCUUACAAAUGUAACGAAUGUGGCAAAGCUUUUAAUCGGAGCUCAAGGCUUACUCAGCAUCAGAAAAUCCAUACGGGGUAGCACUUAAUCUUAUGUGUAUAAAUGUGAGUAAACCUACAGCCUUAACUUAUUUUCCAUGGGGCCGUUUGUACUGACACUUUAGAAUGUUGGGAAAGAUUCAGAAUUGCUCUGCUAAGAAAGGGAAUGUCCAGGAGUUCCCGUCGUGGCGCAGUGGUUAACGAAUCCGACUAGGAACCAUGAGGUUGCGGGUUCGAUCCCUGCCCUUGCUCAGUGGGUUAACGAUCUGGCGUUGCUGCGAGCUGUGGUGUAGGUUGCAGACGCGGCUCGGAUCCCGCGUUGCUGUGGCUCUGGCGUAGGCCGGUGGCUACAGCUCCGAUUGGACCCCUAGCCUGGGAACCUCCAUAUGCCGCGGGAGCGGCCCAAGAAAUAGCAACAAUGACAACAACAACAAAGACAAAAAAGACAAAAGACAAAAAAAAAAAAAAAAAAGAAAGAAAGGGAAUGUCCAGAUCCAUACAAAGUUCUGUGUCCUUGCUGGCAUGUUUGACCUUAUCCCUUUCAAUAAAGCCCGUGCCCUCACAUCAGGA